AUGGACGCCGACUGGUCUGAUCUUCCUCCAGAUCUUGUUGUAUCCAUCGCCAAGAGAAUUGUCUGCUUGGAAGAUUUUGCUGCUUUUGGUGCAGCUUGUAAAUCAUGGAGAUCAAAAGCUACCAAGGAAAACUUUACUGGUGAAUUCAGUCAUCAAGUUCCAAUCCUUAUGCUCCCAAUGAUCGAAGACGACAUAAACCCUUUGUGUUAUAGUAUCACAAAAGGUAGAUUCAACAAACUCAACCUGCCAGAAGCUGAAGGCAACCAGUGUUUUUCUUCGCUAGGUUGGCUCCUAAUUGCAUAUGAUCAUGCUUGGAAAUUGACUCUAUUGCAUCCUUUAAAUCAUACCCGAAUCGAGCUGCCAAGAUUUUCCAACAGUAAUUACUGGAGAAGAUGGAAGUAUCCAACCUCCCGUCCUCAAGUCAUAAGUAAGUUUGGCCUGUUAUCAAGCCCUUCUCAGUCAUCGGAUUACACUGUCAUCCUCAUAUAUGAAAGGAAACAUUUGGCAUUUUGCAGACCAGGAAAGGAUGAAAAUUGGGAAAGUAUUCGUGUCAGUUCUUCUCUAGAUAUAACUAUAGUGGAUCUAACUUGUUUCAAUGGAGAAUGUUAUGUUGUGGACUAUUUGGGGGAAGUUUUUGUUCUUGAUUUUGUAAAUAGAAUCAAAGUGAGGAGAGUUGCUGCACCACCAAUGCCAGGUUGUUCUAGUCGUUACAAACUAUACCUUGUGGAAUCAGCAGGGGCCUUACUGGUGGUUUUAUGUUAUGUGUGUUCAAGGAAAACCUAA